AAAUGAUUUUUAAAGGUGCUUUUAUUAUUUUAUCUUUUGAAGUGUACACACGAUAGAUCUGAAUGGGUUUGAAUAAUUAGAGAGUUAAUGAAAUCCGAAGUAUAUCACUGGUUACUGCCUUGCACAUUCCAAGAAUCUGAACAUGUUCCAACUUAGAACAGCCCGGGUUUAUAAAAACAAAAGUGGGUCACAGCAUUAACAAUCAGUGGGAGUGCAGUGGGAGUCUGAUUCCAACUCUGGCAUUGCUGGGGCCUGUGAUUGAUUUUUUUUUCUUUUACUUUGCAAAAGUUUCUGAUGGGCGGAGCAUCUAGUAAUCCCUUUCAUUCCCAAACCGUGUUUCAACUUCCUUUUGGAGCAAGUGCUUUCCUGCUCUAAUCACAACUUUUAGCUGAAGAGCAGCCGACAUAGAGUGAGCAGUGUCGGCUAUUAAAUGUGCCCCUAAAGGAUCGUCAAAAUGAGACUUUCAGCACAGGUUGUUUGGCUUAUGUGGUGGACUGUUUGUGUUGCAGAAGAAUCUUGUGACAUGCCAGUAUUUGAGAAUGCCAAAGCCAAAAGCAGUGGCACGUGGUUUAAACUCAAUGACAAGUUGGACUAUGAAUGCCACGAUGGAUACAAAAGCCAAGAUGGGCAUGCAGGUUCAAUAGUGUGUGGCAACAAUGGUUGGUCUCAUAAACCAGUAUGUUAUGAAAUAGAAUGCAAGAUUCCUGAAAUAGAAGAUAACUUAAAUACUCAGCCCAAAAAAGACAAAUAUAGAGUCGGAGAUGUGUUGAAAUUUUUCUGCACACAAAAACUUCAAAGAGUUGGACCAGAUUCAGUUCAGUGUUACGACUUUGGAUGGUCCCCUAAUCUUCCAACAUGUAAAGAGCAAACACAACAGUGUUCUCCACCUCCUCAACUCCUUAAUGGGAAAGUUAAAGAAACACAGAAAGAAAACUAUGAACACUACGAUUUGGUGGAAUAUGUGUGCAAUCCUAGAUUUCUGAUGAAGGGUGUUAAUAAAAUUCAGUGUGUUGAUGGACAGUGGACAGACUUGCCUAUUUGUAUUGAGGUGGAGACUACAUGUGGAGAUAUACCAGAACUUAAUUACGGCUACGCUGUUCAGACUUCUAACCCUCCCUAUCACCAUGGAGAUUCAGUGCAGUUCAGUUGCAGAGAAGGAUUCACAAUGAUUGGACAGAAAUCAGUUACAUGUAUAAGUGGAUUAUGGACCCAACUUCCUCAGUGCAUUGCAACAGAUGAACUUCAGAAGUGUAAAUACAGCUUAACUAUACGUGAGCCAAAUCCAUUAUAUGAGAUCGAAUUUGAUCAUAAUGAGAAGAUAAGUUACAAAUGUAGAGGAAAAUUAGAACAGAAACACUCAACGUGCAUAAAUGGAAGAUGGGAUCCUGAACUAACCUGCACAGAAGUACAAAUGCAGUCAUGCCCACCUCCACCUCAGAUUCCCAAUGCUCACAAUAUGGCAACGACGGUAAAUUAUCAGGAUGGAGAAAAAGUAUCUGUUGUCUGUCAGGACAAUUACAUAAUUCAGGAUGCAGAGGAAAUCGUGUGCAAGGAUGGAAGAUGGCAGUCAAUACCACACUGCGUUGAAAAAAGCCCAUGUCCUCAACCACCUCAGAUAGAACAUGGAACCAUUAAAUCAUCUCAAUUUUCAGAAGAGAUGGACGAACCAUUGAAACCUGAGGUUUAUGUACAUGGCACCAAAUUAAAUUACAUUUGCAAGGAUGGUUUCAGGAUAUCUGGAAAAGAUGAGAUAACGUGCCACAUGGGAAAAUGGAGUUCUCCACCUCGGUGUGUAGGACUUUCCUGUGAGCCACCACACUUGAUUCCACAUGGUAUUCUAUCUCACGUAUCAGACAGUUACCAAUAUGGAGAAGAAGUAACGUACAAAUGCACCAAAGGUUUUGAGAUUAAUGGACCUGCAUUCAUAAGAUGUUUAGGAGGAAAAUGGUCCCAUCCACCAGAGUGCAAAAACACGGAUUGUUUUAGCUUACCCGACUUCGGUAAUGCCACACCCAUAGGCCAGAAGAAGAUGUUAUAUAGGUCAGGAGAAAAAGUGACUUAUAAAUGUCCAAAUAAUUACCUUUUGGAUGGACCAAAUACUAUCCAGUGUAUUAGCAGCCAAUGGAUAGGAAAGCCAAUAUGCAGAGAUAUUUCCUGUGGGAAUCCACCCAGAGUGAAAAAUGCUAUUAUACUGGAUGAGAUGUCUAAGUAUCUACCUGGUCAGAGGGCACGUUAUGAAUGCAUCAUACCUUUUUACCUGGUUGGGGGCAGAGAAGUGACAUGUUCAAAUGGGAACUGGACACAACCACCUCAGUGCCUAGACCCUAAAGAAAAAUGUGGGCCCCCUCCGGCUAUUGACAAUGGAGACAUGACCACAUUCCCAACAUCAGAAUAUGCUCCAGGGUCAUCUGUUGAGUACCAGUGCCAGUCCUUGUAUGUGCUUGAGGGAAACAAGGUCAUCACAUGCAGAUAUGGACAGUGGUCAGAACCGCCAAAGUGCUUGGAUGUUUGUAUGGUAUCCGAAGAAACCAUGAGAAAACAUAACAUACAAUUAGGAUGGCCUUCUAAGAAAAAGAGAUAUUUCCAAACAAGGGAAACUGUUCAAUUUCAAUGUAAUCCUGGAUAUCGUAGACAGACAUCACAACAAACAUUCCGAGCAACCUGUUGGGACGGGAAACUGACCUAUCCUGUUUGUGUAUAAAAUAUGGUUAAGAUGCAGUCCUAAAAUUAAAACAUGUACAUUUAUUCAAAUUUUUCAUGCUUAUUUUGUCAGGUAUUGUUAAACUCCUUUAUAUUCAUAUCAGAAUUUGUGUUAAAUAUUUCAUGGAUGAUGUAAUAUAAUCUGAGAAGUGAAUAAAUCACUUCUUAAAGGCACUUCAUUAAAACUUGGCAAACCAAAA